UUACCAAACAUUUUGACAUAUGGUUUGUUCGCUACAACAAUAAUUGUUAUCAGCUGACAUGUGUAUUUUAUUAUUUCUGAAUGAAUCAUGACAUCAAAUAGAAUUAAAAUAAGGCUUAAAGAGUUUGAUGAAGUGCUUCAGUGUGAAGAGAUAGACUUAAAAACGCUUAGAAGUUUAUGUUUUCAUGGCAUUCCCGAUGAAGGAAAUUACAGGUCAAUAUGUUGGAGAUUGUUAUUGGGGCUUUUGGUGCCAAAAAAGUCGGAAUGGGAUAGUAUUUUAAGAAAAAAACGUGAACUUUAUCAACAAUUUAUAGAUGAAAUGAUUGUUCCUCCAGGACAGCUACCAUCAGCUGACCAUCCCCUAAAUGCCAAUCCAGAGAGUGCUUGGGGUGCUUAUUUUAGAGACAAUGAAGUUUUAUUACAAAUUGAUAAAGAUGUUCGAAGACUUUGUCCUGAUAUAUCCUUCUUUCAACAGGCCACUGAAUAUCCAUGUGGUUUGGCUGUAAAUGGUCGGGGUGAAAGAAGACUUCAUAACCGUGUUGCUCCAGAAGGAUUGAAAUCAGCAAAUGUCGAAAGGAAAGGACUAGGUGCUUCUAAGAUAACUCUAACCGUUAAAAGAGCGACAGAGGAUUAUCAAGCAAUGGCUGAAGGCCAAGAAGCACAUUGGGAAGUUGUGCAGAGAAUUUUGUUUAUAUAUGCGAAACUCAAUCCCGGGCAAGGAUACGUACAAGGCAUGAAUGAGAUUAUAGGACCUAUUUAUCAUGUUUUGGCAAGUGCUUCUGAUCCUAUUCAUAGAGAGUUUGCUGAAGCAGAUACUUUUUUCUGUUUUACUCAUCUGAUGUCGGAAAUUCGUGAUUUUUUUAUUAAGACAUUGGAUGAAACUAUUGGAGGCAUUAAAGCAAUGAUGUCAAAAGUUAAUGAGGAAUUAAAAGUUGAAGAUUUUGAUGUAUGGCAACUGUUGAAAUCGCAACAAUUAUUUCCUCAAUACUAUAGCUUCAGAUGGAUAACUUUAUUAUUGUCUCAAGAAUUUCCUUUGCCUGAUGUUGUCAGAAUUUGGGACACUCUAUUUGCAGAUGAGAAAAGAUUUGAUUUUCUUGUUCACAUUUGCUGUGCUAUGAUCAUCACAUUGCGCGAUCAAAUAAUAUGUUCAGAUUUUGCAUCAAAUGUAAAACUGUUACAGAAUUUUCCUCCAAUUGAUAUUCAAGUCAUAUUAAACAAAGCUGCAAUACUCGCAAAGAAAUAUAUUUAAAUGUAUAUAAAUAGA